AUUUUUUUCCUCCCAUUCUCACCAAAAAUAUCUCUCUCUCUCUCCCUCGCGACUGUUGACGCUUUUCCAUUAAUUACCUGCUGUCCCUUGAAUAAAAAGCCAGACCACUUGUUUGCAUACUGUUUCGUUUAAAUAAUCAACGGGUCCUUUUUUCAUCACCCCAAGGAGCUAUAAUCAACGGAAUAAUUACCCAAGUACCAAGUAUUUUCGUCGAGUGCCACACACAUAUACACAGACACGUAAUGGACAUGCUCCACUCUAACGAAGGUACGAGUGAAUAUGAAAAUCACAGGAUAUUGAGUUGUGCGAUGGUGAUGAGCAUGCUGGACAGUACCACUGCGUUAUGAACGUGAGAAUAUCUGACAGAUCAGCUUACCUGUCAACAUGUUCAGUCCAGUGCAGAUAAAGCAGGAAUUUUCCAACGCGGAGGAUUCCAGUCAGAGUGGUCAGAACUGUGUCCAGAGCAAUGUAGAGUAUCCAGUCUUCACGAAUCAGGACGUUGAAUACAUGUACAGGCAGUUACCCCAGUUCUGGAGUCAAAAUCCAGGCAUUCAAAUGGCCGAGGAAGUGGUGAUGACCAAAAAUGAUCUGCAGGGACGACAAAAUGUGGCUCAACCCAGCCCACAAGUGUCUCCCUACCUGCAGUCGACCCCUCUCUUCCAACUGAGCCAGCAGCACGAGCUGAACACUUUGAGUCAGCACGUGUCGUGCCUGCCAGCCCCCCAGGACCGCCAGCAGCUGACUCACAUGCUCCAGCAGCAGAGGCUAGAGCUGCCCGAGGGCUCCGAGCCUCUACGUCAGACCUCCCCAACCAAGCAAAAUGGCCCUGGAAGGCCCCCAAAAUCCUCCAACACCAGCUCAACCACCAAAAAGCUCAAGUGCCAGUGUGAAAUAUGCUUCAAAGAAUUCGGUCACAAGAGCAAUCUCUUCAUUCACAUGCGCACCCACAACGGUGAGAGACCAUACAAGUGCAGCCAGUGCGAAAAAUGCUUCACACACAGUGGUAAUUUGGCCAUUCACAUGCGUACACACAGCGGUGAGAGGCCCUACGCAUGCCAAAUAUGCGGUAAAAUGUUCAGUCACAGUGGCAAUUUGUCCACCCAUUUGCGCACACAUUCUGGUGUUAAACCAUACAAAUGCAGUGUUUGUGGUAAAGAAUUCAGACACAGUGGUAAUCUGUCGAUACACGAGAGAAUACACUCGGGUGUAAAACCAUUUCAGUGUAAAGUAUGUGGAAAAGAGUUUUAUCACAGUGGAAAUUUAACGACACACAUGAAAAAACAUCCGGUCAUCAGCAGCAAGGAGGAUUGCGAGAGUGAGGACGACAUCGGGAUUGGGGGGAACGUUGGGGAUAGGGUUGUUACUGUGAGAAAUGAGGAUGGAGAGGAGGCCAAUGAGAUGGAGAGAAAUGCCCAAUCACCAUUUGUGACGAACAGUUAAUGAUGCUUUUUUGGGGGUAUGGUUGGAGAGCCAUUCGGAGAGUGAGUACUUCAUGUGUUUCAGAUGAUUCGGGGGAAGUUUUGAUUCGCGGAGAUAUUAAAUUAUUUAUCUCGACUCCUGGUCAAUUGUUGGAAAAUACCUUGAUGUCUAACAUAAACGAAAAGUCUGUAGGGAAGAGAUAAAACGAGAUAAGUCAUUUAUGACUAGUGGUCAGGUUUGUUAAAUAUUUGUAAAUCUAGGGAAGAUCGCAAAAUUAUUGUUAAAAAAUUUUUUGUGGAGGGAAUUGAUUGUUACAAUAAAUUUCAUCACAGAAAUUCCGCUCUCUAUCUUAGACUCGGAGGUAUUGCUCAAAAACUUGAUGCAGAGAUGAGUCGACUUAUCUGGUUUUAUCAUUUCGCUACUGAAUGUUUUUCUUAUUUUUUGUAAGCCACUAUUUUUCAAUUUUCACAACACUAUUUCUUUGAUUGAUAGCUAAUCAACGCCAAUUAUAAAAAAUGGUCAUUGGGUUCGAACAAAUUCAUAACCCGAAAUAAUCAUUUCAAACGACAUUUUCCGUCUGAAACAGAAGUAAAACUCAACUUCGGAGUGGAAUUGCGACCGUACUGCCGCGAAUGUAUGAUAUUUUCUUAUUUCAACUAAGGAAAACAAAUUGUUGGAAGCUCCAAUGAAUCUGUACUUAAGACACGUAAUUUUUUAAAAUUUCAUUAUACCCCUUUAUUAUUGAAUAAUUCCACUCCGGACUCGGCGAACCGUCGAGGGGAGCUGGACGGUGAUAUUGUCCGUGUACUCUAGUUAAUAAUUUCAAUCGAUGAAGAAACAAUUUGUGGAUCAAAUAUUGAAAGAUCUAUACUGCAUUGAAUGAUACAUUAUUACUUGUAAUUACUAAUCCAAAAAAUUACCUACUUUUGUUAAUUAAUGGGCCCUUUAAUCACACCAAACUAUAAACAGAGGUAUCAUAUUUGAAACAUUUAUUUUCUAUUUUUUAAUAUUUCCAAUCUCAGAUGUUAAAAUGCAGAAUUAUUAAAUUAAAGAGACAAGUGGAAAAAAUACA